UUCAAAUACUCUUGAGAUCUCAAGAUGGCCUCUUGUAUUACAGAAAGCCACAAAGUGCACAGUAGUGCUCACAAAAGAAUCCACGAAAGGAACGACUUCGAAGUGGAACCCACAGAAAAGCAGAGAAUCACAAUGUUUAGCGAGAAACCUGUCAGAAAGUCUAAUAAAGAAAACAGCUUGUGUAAUAAUAUCAUGACUUUAAAAACUAAAGAAACUCAAAGUGAUAAUCAUAAAAAACACGAAAAGAAAGCACCAAAACAAGAGAAAGUGAAGCACGAAUUCCUGGACAAGCUGUACGAAAUGAUGCUGAGAGACGGUUUCAUGAAAGCACGUGACCGCAACGAGAAAGUUCUGGAGUUCUCACAUCCUGAAGAUCUGAAAAAGAAAAUUGAUUUUGAACUGGGUAGCAAAACAUCGGACGAAAAAAUAUUGAGUCUGUGUCAAGAUGUCAUCAAAUACAGUGUAAAAGUCGCACAUCCAAGGUUUUUUAACCAGUUGUAUGGCGGACUUGAUGAGUACAGUCUGGGAGGAUGCUGGCUGACGGAGACGAUGAAUGCCAGUCUUUACACUUACGAAGUAUCCCCCGUCUUUGCUCUCAUGGAGAGAGUGGUCAUUGACAAAAUGCUCGGGAAAAUCGGCUUCCAGGAUGGCGAUGCCAUGUUCUGUCCUGGUGGCUCCAUAUCCAACAUGUACGCGCUCAACAUUGCCAGAUAUUUCCAGUAUCCUGAGGUCAAGAAGAAGGGUCUGCGGGGAAUCCCUGAAAUUUGUGCCUUUACCUCAGAAAAGUGCCACUAUUCUAUAGCCAAGGGUGUGGCUUUUAUGGGAAUGGGACUUGACAAUCUCAUUUCCGUCAAGACCGACGCCAUAGGUAAAAUGAUCCCUGAAGAUCUAGAAAAGAAAAUUUUGGAAGCUAAAGAACAGGGAAUGACUCCCUACUUCGUUAAUGCUACAGCUGGGACGACAGUGUUUGGUGCCUUUGAUCCUAUCGACGAAAUUGCUGACAUUUGCAAGAAAUAUGGUCUCUGGCUGCAUGUUGAUGGCGCCUGGGGAGGUGGAGCCCUCAUGUCUAAGAAAUACCGUCAUCUUCUGAAGGGGGUUGAGAGGGCCGACUCUAUGACAUGGAACCCCCACAAGCUUAUGGGUGUUCCCCAGCAGUGUUCACUCAUCUUCACAAGACACAAGGGUCUGCUUGAGCAGUGUCACUCUGCCAAUGCCGCCUACUUGUUCCAGCAGGACAAGUUCUACGACGUCUCCUAUGACACUGGUGACAAGUCCAUCCAGUGUGGACGCAAGAACGACGUGUUGAAGUUGUGGAUCAUGUGGAAGAACAAAGGAGAUGAAGGAUUCGAGAGAGACAUUGACAAUCAGUUUGAAUGUGCCGAAUACCUUGCCGAACUAGUCAAACAACGAGAAGGUUUUGAGCUUCUUUUGGAGCCCGAAUGCACCAACGUGUGUUUCUACUAUAUACCAGAGAGGCUCAGGGGCAAGGAGAGAACGGACGAAUGGUGGAGUGAAAUCUCUAAAGUAGGGCCAAAGGUCAAGGAAGCCAUGAUGAAAGCUGGUUCUAUGAUGGUUGGCUACCAGCCAGAUGGACAGUUUGUUAACUUUUUCAGGAUGAUUGUCUCUAAUCUUGAUAUUGUGAAAAGUGACAUGGAAUUCGUUGUUGACGAAAUCAUCAGACUCGGAAAAGAUCUUUAACCAUUCGGCAAACUUAGACAGCAUUGAUAUUAAUUUGUAAACCUGUUAUAGACAUGAUGGCAUUUAGACGUUGACAAAUUAGUGAUAAUAAUCUCUAUCCGUCAAUUCUCAUAUUUUUUUUAAUAUCAUCAGUACAUUUCCUGUAAAUAUUGUUAUUUAUAUUAUGUACAUAACUUUUAAAAUUGUUAUUGUUAUGAGUUGGUAGAAAAAAUUGAAAAAGAACUUAAAAAAUUAAAAAUUGAAAUAAAAAAUAGAAUUUCGAA